AUGGAGCUGUAUACGAUGUGUGAUGCGGUAUCGGCUCAGGUUGGAGGAUUGCCAGAUAGCGUUCUGCGACCGGCAAUGUUGCACACUCUGCAAAGGCAUCUUACUGAGGCACAAACUGCUUGGAUGAGGGAACAUCUGCAAGAUUUGAUAAAGGGCUGGAAGCAAGAAGUAAGAAGAGAAACCUUUGUUGACCGGCCAACAUUGGUCCAGAUGAAGGCUGCUGAGUAUGUCCCGGUGGCACCAAGUAGGAAACGAUUCAGGGGGAAGAACUCAGCAGAAUCUCGUGCCGGUCGUGUGAUGAUGGGUGUAGGUGCCUUACUGGAAGCUCAACGUCAAAAAAUGGUAACCGAAGAAGGCGAGUUAGAAGUGGAAGAAGACGAGCAAGGCAAUAUCAUGCUUGGCGGAGAAGCACUAAGUUUUGAAUCAUGGGCCAAGUUAACCAAAACAAACCAACCAGACAUCGUUUGUGCGAGGUUACCAGGUGAUGAACCGGAAGCUAAAAAGCCGAAACCCGAAGAGCACGAAUUUAAAAAGCUGAAGUGGGUUAUUAUUUUCCCAUCAGUUGGUCUUUUUUUUGAGAAACCUGUGCUAUUCCACCCUCACCUCCAUGUUGUUUCUGAUAGAUAA